AUGUCAACACUUUAUGGUUAUAGUGAUUUAAUAUCGGAAGAUGUUGAAACAAUUGAUAGUGAUGAAGAAGAUGAAAAACGAUCAAGUCGAGAUCCGGAUAAGUCACCAUUUUCAAUCAUUUGGCGAGAUGAUUUAAAAAAUGAUAAUAUCAAAAUUCCAUGUUCGUCUUUAUUAAUUGCUUUAGGAACAACUGCUUCAGCAUUUGCUUUUACGCAUAUUUUGUGCAACUAUGAUCUAGAAUUAAUAGGCUAUGGAACAGAUGAAAAAAUGACUGAUGAUGGAAAUAUAGAAACAAAAUCCUUUGAUCAAAUCAAAACACAACAAUAUUCAACACAAAGUGUUGAUCGUAUUUAUCGAUUGCCAUCAAGUUCAUUUGUACUUAUUCAAUUAAAUUCUUCAAUUAAAUCUGAUCAAAUUUGGUCAAUAAGUGAACAGAUUUUGAACAAGUUUAAUUUUUCAAAUCUAAAUAUUUCAAAUCCUGUUUACAUUAUACAAUCACGUUCAUCCAUGGAUUAUGUUACUAUAGCAGGUGAACUAGAAAACAAAUCAAAUUUAUUUAUUCGUUAUAUUAAAUCAUCAAUAAUUCCAACAGAUGAUAAAAUUACACAAACAAUUAAAUCAAUUGAACCACCAAAUGCAAUCCGGGGUCUAUCAGCUGCUUUAUUUACGAAACUUCACCAAGCAAAUAUUCCGGUUAUCAUUCUUGUUGUUUAUCAACGUCAUUCAUCUGUUAAUGCUGAUGCAUUAAAGUUAUUACAACGAAUAUUAGAUCGAACAUCAGCAACACUUAAACCAUAUAUUCAACUAACAGAAAAAACAAAUAAACAAUUGAUUCGAUUAGCAUCAACACAAACAAGUAAUAUGUAUUCGUAA